CAUCUGUUGGUGCCUGACAGUUUGAGUGGCAGCUGACAGCCUGCCCUGCAUGUGAGUUAACUGCCAGAUCAAGUAGCCAAUCGGAGAAGAGCCUUUCUAGCCAAUCAGAUACAAGAAAGGCGGUACCUUCCCCUACCAUCCUGCGUCUCCCAAAUUCUCCGUUUGUUUAUUACUUCCGUAGCCUGUCAGCUAGCAUUAGCCAUAAAAACUGAGGUAGUAUUUACACCAGACAGAGAGACCUCAGAGGUGUGAGAGUUAUAAUACUAUAAUGUCCACUCAGCUGUUUUUCAAAGUGUUUGUAAACGAGAGGCUUACGGCGGCUGUUGAGGAAAUAGUUCAAGUUUUUGAGCGAACAAUAGCAAAAUAUGAAGAGGAGGCUUCCAGCCGCCAGCAGGAGAUUGAGCGACUCAGAGGGCUACUACAGUCAAAACACAACACAGGUUCAUCACAGACUUACAUUAGUAAUGAUGAAAUUCCUCCUGAGCAGCAUCAGCAUGAGCAGGAAGAAAGCCUCAGUGUGGAUGGGAGAGACUCAGUGCUACCACACAUUAAAGAGGAAAGUCAGGAACUUUGGUCUAGCCAGGAGGAAGACGACCAGGCUCAGGAUUUUGAAGAUGCCAACCGUAAUCCACUUCAUUUCUCUGCUUCACAUCCCAAUAAUGAACCAGCUUCUCAUGCACAGACUCAAAACAGUGAAAUAGAGCAACAUUUGCAGGACUUACUGGGCAGUAAAAAUGUGCAGUAUGUGCUGCCACACAGCUCAGUUCCAUCUGUAAAACCUCUGGUCCAUGAUGAAAGACUGCAAAAUGGUAAUAAAAUUCAAAGAGCUGCCACAUGUUUGACCACAUCACACCUGACACAUCGAAGUCAGACUUCCUGUGUGACUUCCAUUGAAUCCAUGGAGAACUCUCAUCUAAAUCCACUUACAACUGAUCACCACUGCUGUUUAUGUGACAAAUCUUUUUCCUCCCGUCAGUACUUGAUAAAUCACGCUUUUCGCAUGCAUUCAAAGGAGACGGACGUCGCCUGUGCAGUGUGUGGAAAGACCUUUGAUUCCUCAGACAACCUUCACGCUCACCUUAAGUCUUACAAGGCCAUGAAAGUUUGUUGUAUUUGUGGUAAACAGUGUAAGCGUAUGAGUGCUCUGACUGAACACAUGAUCAGCCACACGGGGGAAAAAUUGCACCGCUGCAAUGUAUGUGGGAAAGGAUGCAGCCGAAAGGCAGACUUAAAGGUACACAUGAGGAAACACACGGGGGAGAAACCCUUCGGCUGCUCUUUGUGUUGUAAAAGCUUCACACAUAGCAGCCAUCUGAUUAAGCACAUGAGAAGCCACACAGGAGAGAGACCAUACCAGUGUGACGUCUGUGGUCGAGGAUUUCAACAGAGUACGCACCUAAAACAUCAUUUACGUAGUCACGCUCAGAAACUUUGAGGUCUGUAAAUGCUGCAGAAACCUGUCGCUAUAGUCUUUGACAAAGCUAAAACACUCACAUUCAACAGAAGUGGGCUUUUUGCACUAAAGUAACACUAUAUAAAUUAAUAAAAGUACUGUUUCUGAAAA